UCUAUGUAGCUCGGAGCUUAUUUGGAGGAUGCAGUGUUUAAUAGCCUAUUCGUUGUUGGGAAGAUUUAAUGCUCUGAUUUUGAAAGAGACGUGGAAGACGCUGUAUAACAUUAUUUUCUCUCUCCCUCUCGUAACGAUUUGCCUCUGUACUUCUCAUAGCUUUGACCUGAAAGAAUUUCAGCUGGCGCAGUCCAUGAUCUUUGCCAUUGAAGAAAUCAACAGCAGUAACAGGCUGCUGCCGAACGUCACCCUGGGCUAUCGGAUCUACGACGGCUGCCGCAGUGAGAUUCUGUCGGUGAAGGCGGUGAUGGCUCUCAUCAGUCUCCAGGAGGAGGAUGUGGUUGAGUCGCCGUGUACAAGCGCCCCCCGAAUGCCCGCUCUACUGGCCGACGCUGGCUUCAUCAGCUCGCUCGCCAAGACUAUCCUGACCGCCCCCUUUAACAUCCCGACAGUACGUACCACAGUGACAAAUCCUAUCUUAAAUUUCCUCUCAUGUGGUGUUGCUCUAUUUGUUUUAGGGUUGGGACAAGCUGAGGAUUGUGCCUUUGUUCUUCUUUGGAUUCCACUAUCGUGGUGUUCUUUUAUCUUGUGCCUCCAGGUCAGUUUCUCUGCCAUAUGCGAAUGCUUCGGCAACAGGGAUAUCCCCACGCUGUUCGAGAUGGUCCCCAGCGAUUCCUAUCAAAUCCGAGCCAUCACGUUACUGGUGGAGUAUCUCGGCUGGAACUGGGUGGGACUCAUUCAAAGCAAUUCCACCUACGUCGCCAUGGAGAGCGACCAUAUUGUCCACAACUUCCAAAAAUCUGGUAUCUGCAUCGCCUAUCGGGCCUCCGUCUCAGAGACUGACCCCCCCGAGAUAAUCCGCGAGGUGGUCAACACAAUGAAGACGGCUCCCACCAAGAUUGUCAUCGCGUUCGCUGCCCUGGCCGAUAUGGAAGUCUUACUACGCGAGGUGGUGCGGCAGAAUGUGACAGGGAUCCAGUGGGUCGGGAGUGAAUCUUGGGUUGCCAGCCCCAUCUUGAGUCCGGAGCAGAGCGCACGGUUCCUCACAGGGACUUUGGGUUUCGUGGUUCCCGAUAGAAAUGUGCCGGGCUUGAAGGACUUCUUGCUACGGGUCAGUCCUCUCCGAUCCCCGCGGAACCCCCUGGUGGAUGCGUUCUGGGAGAAAUCGUUCGGAUGUGCCAUGCCAAGGCCGCAAGAUGUAGCGGGCAAAGACACAUCGUCUCCGCCUGGACAAUGCACAGGGACGGAGCGCUUACAGGACAUCACCAACCCAUACACUGACACCUCGCACCUACAUGUUUCCUUCCGAGUGUUCAACGCCAUGUUCGCCAUAGCUCAGGCACUUCACAAUAUGUUAUCCUGUGGUGAGAACGGGUGUGCCGAGACACAGGACUUCCUAUCCCACCAGCUGCUGUAUUAUUUGGAAACAUUGAACACCACAGAAAUUAAUGGUAGCAGCAUGCACUCUCAUCAAGAUGGAAGCUGGGUCCCAAAAUACGACCUAAUAAACUGGCAAGAAAGCACCAGUGGUUAUGCUGCCAUAAUGACCGUCGGGAAAUAUGACGGCUCUGCGACCUUUGGCAACGAGUUGUCGAUAAAUGACCAGGCUAUUGUCUGGAGCUACAGCAGAGAGUGUGUUUUAUUUUUAAUAGAUGCUAUGUUUUGUACCAGUUGCCCAUUGGAAUACUGGCCCAAUCAACCGAAGACUGAAUGCCUACUGAAGGAUCUCGAGUUCCUCUCCUUCGAAGACACAAUAGGUGCCACAUUGGCCGGUUUUGCAGUUGGGGGUACCUGCCUGACCAUAGCCACCAUUGUGAUAUUCUACCACUACAGGCACACCCCACUGGUCCGUGCCAAUAACUCGGAGCUGAGCUUCAUCAUUCUUUUCUCCUUGGGACUCUGCUUCCUCUGUGCCCUGGCAUUUAUUUCCAGCCCGUCCCACUGGUCCUGCAUUCUCCGUUUCACGGUGUUUGGGGUGACCUUCGCCAUGUGUCUGGCGGGGGUCUUGGGCAAGACGAUUGUUGUACUCAUGGCCUUCAAGGCCAGAUCGCCCAAAAACCGGGCCAUGAGAUGGUUCAGCCCCAAUCGCCAGCGGUUGGCCGUGUUAAUCCUCACCUUUGUCCAAUGUAUCAUCUGCAUCUUUUGGAUCAUCCAGUCUCCUCCAUACCCGUUCAAAAGUUCAACCUACUACGCAAACGUGCUGAGCUUGGAAUGCCAGGUUGGGUCCGAUGCCUACUUCUGGGGGGUUUUCAUUAUCAUCUUCCUCUUGACUGGGAUAACUCUGUUCUUCGCUUUCCUCGCUCGGAAACUCCCCGAUUCCUUCAAUGAGGCGACGCACAUAACCUUCAGUCUGCUCAUCUUCUGCGCGGUCUGGAUCACCUUCUUCCCCGUGUACGCAAGCGCCCCAGAAAAGUACGCUGCCUCCGUGCACGUCUUCGCGAUCUUGGCCUCCAGCUUCAGCCUCCUGCUUUGUAUCUUUGCCCCCAAGUGUUACAUUAUCUUGUUCAAGCCAGAACGUAACACCAAGAAGUGUCUCUUCACCUACUCAUCCCCAUGAAUUAAACACUCCAGAAGGCUGGGUGCAGAUAAAUGAAAUUAGCAUGGAUGGAUUGGGCCGAAGGGCCUAAUUCAUAAGUUCAUGAGUUCAUGUCAUAGGAACAGAAUUAGGCCGUUCGGCCCAUCAUGUCCACUCUGUCAUUCAAUCAUGGCUGAUCUACCUUUCUCGCUCAACCCCAUUCUCUUUUCCCCAUAACCCUUGACCCCCUUAUUAAUCAAGAAUCUGUCACUUCCUGCCUUAACAAUACCCAAUGAUCUCCCUCACCAUCUGUGGCAAUGCAUUCCAUGCUUUGGAGAUACAGUAUGGACACCGGUCCUGCGGCCCACCGAGUCCAUGCAGACCAUCCAUCACAUGUUCAAACCAGUUCUAUGCUAUCCCACCUUCUCAUCCACUCCCUAUACACUAGGAGGAAUUUUCAGGGGCCAAUUAACUUACAAACGCGCAUGUCUUUGGGAUGUGGGAUGAAACCGGAGCACCCGGAGAAAAUCCACGUUGGACAUAGGGAGAACGUGCAAGCUCCACAUACAGACAGCUCCCAAGGUUAGGAUCAAACACAUGUCUCUGGUGCUGUGAAGUGUGGCCUUACCAGCUGCACCACUGUGCCACCUCCCACAUCCCAAAGAUGUACAGGUCAGUAAAGGAACAAGCCCUUCCACCCAUGAUGUCCGUGCUGAACUUGAUGCCAAGAGAAGCUAAUCUCCUGCACGUGAUCUGUAUCCUUCCAUUUCAUAUCUAUGGCCUAUCAAAAAGCCUCUUAAAUGUCAUUAUCAUGUAUGCCUCCACCAUCAGCCCUGGCAGCAUGUUCCAGACACCCACCACCCUCUGUGUAAAAAACAUAACCCGCACAUCUCUUUUAAUAUUUGCCCUCUCACUUUUAAAGCAAUGCCCUCUGGUCUUUUGGUAUCUUACAGUAAAUCCAUAAUGC